AUGCUCCAACAACGCACUCUAACUUUCGCCGUCGGCAUUCUUGUCGGCCUCUUCGUCCUCUUCAUCGUCUACUCCAAGCCGUACUCCUUGAGCGACUACCCGUCCCAUGUCAUCUCUUCAUACACGAAAACUACGUCCUCGGACCCAGGAUCGAGUUUUGACCCCGUUACCAAUGCUACGCUGGGCUUCGAGAGGGUGUUCGCGAUUGGACUAGCAGAGCGCAGUGAUAAGAGGGACGCAUUGGCGCUGAUCAGCAGCCUGACGGGCUUUAAAAUUGAAUGGGUGGAUGGUGUGCGGGGCGAGAGCGUUGUGGAUAAAGCACUGCCGUAUGGUGUAAAUCGCACGCAGCUGUGGGAAACUAACUUGGGGAGUUGGAGGGGACACAUGAAUGCAAUCAGGAAAAUAGUAGAAGAAGGCAUAUCCACCGCCCUAAUCAUGGAGGACGACAUGGACUGGGACGUCCGGCUCAAGGACCAACUCCAGCUCAUCGCAGCCGGCACAAGCUCUCUGCAAUCCUCCUCAAACCCCUCCUCUACCUACCCCUACGGCGAUGACUGGGAUAUUCUCUGGCUGGGCCACUGCGGCGAAGUCUUUCCCGAAACCCUCCCCGAGUACGCUACCAUGGACGCUGCAAACCCUGACAUCGUCUACUUGUCGAAAAAGUAUACCAUACAUGAUGACCCGACUGUUCCACCGCCAGCUCACACGGCCGGCUUUCAGAACUACACGGCACACCCGAGUACGCGCUGGGUCCAUGUUACGGGAGGCCCGAUCUGCUCGUUCGCGUAUGCAUUGAGUCUGGAGGGCGCGAGGAAGGUUCUAUAUGAUCUGAGUGUAGAUCACCUGGUUGGGCCGUUUGAUAACGCGCUCGCUGGAUUGUGCAGAUGGGGGAGGGAUCCUGGGAGGCUUGGAAUGAGAUGUUUCACCGUUACGCCACCCGUCUUCAUGCACCACAGAGCUAAGGGAUAUGUGAAUGGCGACUCGGAUAUCCAGGUCGUGGGUGGCGGCGGGCUCGGCAACUUGAGGGAGAUGGGUACGACGGAGAAUAUGGUCUGGAGUGCUAGGCUGAAUACAAGAGCCAUGAUUAUGGGAGAUGAGAUGAAAAGCCAAUGGGAGGAUUAA